ACACUUUGCCUCUUUAUCAAUGUUUAUAUUCUGAUAUAAAUAGAAUCCUCGUUCGAGAAUUAACUCGGAAAGAUCCUUUAGCCAGUCAAGUUAUUAGAGAUAAUUCUGGUCUUAUUCGGGGAAUACCAGUAAAUUUAAAAAAGCAUUUAUAUUCUAGAUUAGAAAAUGAUAAUUUGGCAUUAUCGGUAUUCAAGUAG